AUGCAAUUUCAACUUCUAUUUGUGGCAAUAUGUUUGAACGAAGCAAUCGGCAAAUUAAUGUGUGGGGCCAAUAUUGAGCCAAAGCAAGGCAGAUUACAAGUCAGUGGUUUUGGAAAUUUUAUUGUUCAGAAUUUCUACCAAUGUUUAAAUCUGGGCAUGAGAAUAGAAAUGAGUAAAUCCGUUAAUUAUGAUACGAUUUCCAGGAAUUGCCAGUUGAAUAUGGUGGCUUUGAGUAACGACAACACUAUGACACCAACACCGUCUUCUCUUUAUUCACCUAUUUCUCGUCAACAAUGUCAAAAGGGAACAGAUGGUUUGAAACGUGUUUGUGGAAGCGAUGUCUGUGAUAAAGUAAAGUUUUGUGUAUCAGUAGGUAGUACUCAACGGACUCAAUGUCUCUCUAUUGUUAAAAGUUGUGGCAAACCACCACCAGUAAACAAAACAACCGUUGAUUACACAUCGACAUCGUGGAUGGCUAAAGCUAAAUAUGAUUGUUCUGAAGGGUAUAAAUAUGUCAAUGGAAGUCAAAUUAUUCAGUGUACAAAUAGAGGCUGGACAGUACCAGGCAUAGUCUGUGCUAGUGAUAUUACAUCUAACUCCAUUAGAUCUGUAAAUGAUAAUGAUGAGUCUGGUCCGGGUAGUAUUGAACAGUAA